CUGCUUGUAUUUCUUCACGCGUCCCUCCCACAGCUCUCGGAUCAAUGAGAGGUCAUACACGGGAAUGUCAAUGCCGAUCCGCUCUACCUUCAUGAUGGGAACUGAUGCUGAGGAACAGACAAAAUAAAAAGCCACAGAGAUCAUCGCAGAGCAGAGUCAUUUCCGAGGAGGAGCUCAGAAACAUCAUUAGAGGUGCUGAUGACACUUCAGCCACGCUGGAAUAAAGACGCAGCAGAUCUGUGAGGACAGUCAAACGCCUCACUCACCGUCUGGAUGAUGAAGAUCACUCUUACUGUGUGCUGAUCUUGACCUCACACAACCAGGAGAUGAGUUCUGCUCUCAUUCAUGACAAACUCUUUAUCAAGUCAUUCUGGGAGACGAAGAUCAACAAUCACCAUCACAUGAUAGAAGUUGAAGAAGAGAGGAUGAAGAAGAGCGCUCUCACCAAGCUACGUGACGAGUGGCUCACCAGGCUGGAGAAUCGGACCAAACAUCUGAAGAAUUUUGGUGACAAUCGUGGGGCAAAUCCAAUGGCAAACUAACUGCACAACACACAGAUGAGUCGAGCUCAAUAAACACGCGUGUCAUUAA